AUGUUAGGAAUUUUCCAGUUUAUUUCCCUCGCUUGUGGCAUCGUCAUCUCGUUCUUCCCUGAUGAGAUCGAUCGAGUAACGGGUCGCUGGCGGCAACCUCCAGAUGCUGAUCCUGCGGACAUCACUCGCUGGCCUACAGACAUUUCACGGGAUAUAGUCCCUGUUUCAUGCCAUUCGCAUAACGACUACUGGCGCCGUGUACCUCUAUAUUCCGCCAUUGAGGCUGGGUGUACAGGCGUCGAGGCCGAUGUGUGGCUUUUUGAUGACGAACUCUUUGUUGGCCAUACCCGCGCGGCUCUUACCCCUAGCCGCACGCUACGAAAGAUGUACAUUGAUCCUUUGAUGAAGAUCCUGGGCAAACAAAACCCCAUUACUCAUUUUCAUCCCGACACUGAUCAACCCCGAAAUGGGGUCUUCGACACGGAUCCUUCACAGACUUUAGUUCUUCUCAUCGAUUUCAAGACUGAUGGAGAGGAGGCUUGGAACUAUGUAUACACCCAAUUGACGCCGCUCCGUGAGAGUGGCUACCUAACCUACUACAACGGCAGCGACAUUAUCAACGGCCCCAUCACUGUAGUUGGUACAGGGAAUGCCCCUUUCAAUCGGAUCGCAGCAAGCACUACCUACCGCGACAUCUUCUUUGAUGCGCCGCUUAAUCGAUUAGUGAACAACGUCGACCGGAUUGAUAUCAACACGCGUCUGAAAGGGCGGACUGGUAAUGCCGGCCAGGGCAUGUCAGGAAUCUCCGAUGGGGAUAUUAGGCCGGACACUUUUAACCUGACCAACAGCUACUAUGCCUCGGUCUCUUUCAAGAAAGCCGUGGGUGUCCCAUGGAUGCUCCACCUUACAGAUCGCCAGAUACAGACAAUCAGGGCCCAAAUCAGGGCCGCUCACCGGCAAGGCCUCAAGGUCCGAUACUGGGGAACGCCUGACUGGCCAAGGAGCCUGCGAAAUCAUGUUUGGCGGGUCCUAGCCAGUGAAGGCGCUGACAUGCUCAAUGUGGACGACCUUGUGAGCGCGACAAGGAAGGACUGGGCGCCUAGCUUCUCCGACUGGUGGCAUUGA